GCUUACCGGUACCUGCAGGCGCGUCGAAGCCACGACCAAGUACACCGGAAGAUCGCACGUUCAAUCAUCAAAUCAAUGGCGUUCAGGAUAUCGCCUUUCUCCAGCACGCUUUCGUGCAGCUCCUUGGGUGGAUCACGAGCGAUGUCACGGCUGCGCAGCGGCCAAUCUCUUCUCCCUUUCCCUUCACGUGCCUCAUGCUCUUGGACACGAAACAGCAGCGCCAAGCAUCACCAGGCCCUACUAGUAGCCAGAAUCAACAACGCAUGUCGCAUACAACGAUCUAGCGUCUUCAGUACAACGGCUAGGCGUAGUAUCGAGCCCAAAGACGAGAAGAAAGCAACUUCUCAGGGCUUACCUGAACACCAAGAGAAUCAUGACUUAUCAACAACAGCAGAAGUUGCAGCUACUCUGAAAUCCUCGUUAAAGCUGGAUACACCAGCACAACGACAUGAGCAGAUCUACAACAUACCGAACUUCCUUACCCUCACACGUCUAAUAGCGACACCGGUCAUUGGAUAUCUUAUUGUUCACAACCAGCAUCUUGCAGCCUUCUCGCUUUUCACGUAUGCGGCCUUCUCUGAUCUCCUCGACGGAUGGAUAGCCAGAAAGUGGAAGCUGCAGACUGUCGUUGGUAGCGUCGUCGAUCCCAUGGCUGACAAGCUGCUCAUGACGACCCUCGUCACAUGUCUGGCCGUCAACGGGAGUAUGGCGGCGCCUCUGGCUGUCAUCGUCCUUGGCCGAGAUAUGAGUCUGGCAGCCUCUGCACUCUACUACCGUUACGCAUCUUUACCCGCACCAAAGACCAUGGCAAGAUAUUGGGAUUUCAGUCUUCCAAGCGCAGAGGUGCACCCCACUCAACUUUCAAAGUUCAACACGUUUCUUCAGCUCACCCUUCUUGGAACACUACUAUGCACGAACCUUCUUCACGACCCUGCUGCCACCACUUCUGCUGCAGGUGGAAUCUUAAUGUCGAUUCAGGAUAUCCUGGGAGGUGAGACUGGUGUGAAAACACUCGUCACUGGUCUUUCUGGGAUUGUCGCCAGUACCACACUGUACAGCGGUCUGGAGUAUACCUGGAAGAAGGAUGCUGUCAAAAUCCUAGGAGGCAACGAAGAUCUCAAGAGGAAACAGGGCCUACGUGGUCGUAUGAUUAUGCUUACCAGCUACGGAGCGUUCAUCGCAGUCGCUGCUGCCCUGUGGUUCCGCGGACCCUUGAAAGAUGAGGAAGAGCGGGAGAAGAAAGCAUAGUGUAUGGCAAUGAGUCCCGAUCGAUGACACUGCAGUGUCCAAAUUUGUACAUCAUAGCAUCAAAAGCUAGCACACAUGCAUUUAAGAGUAAUCGAAAAGUUGGGCUUCCUCGCCUGAUCAAAUCCUCCCUCAAGGAGCUCUUUGUUUCAAAAGCUUCAAGCACUGACAACCAAUCACCGUCA